AUGCGCUCGGAAGACCAGCACUGCCAGCGGUUCUUCUGGUACGACGAGGAAGGUAACAUCGUGGUCUACAUCUUGCAGGUGAUGACCUUCGGAGCCUGUUGUUCGCCUAGCAGCGCUCAGUUCGUCAAGAAUAUAAACGCGGAACGAUUCAAAGCAGCAUACCCAGCAGCAGUUGAAGUCAUCCAAAAGCGGCAUUACGUCGAUGAUAUGCUGGUAAGCGUUGAGACCGAAGAUGAAGCGCUUCGAUUUGCGCAACAGGUGAAGGAGGUGCACUCGAAAGGCGGAUUCGAGAUCCGCAACUGGAUAAGCAACUCGAAACGCGUUGUGCGGGAUCUGCAAGAAGAACAUACAGAUGAGAAAAACCUCGAUCUGUCACUGGAGCUAGCCACCGAGAAAGUGCUCGGAAUGUGGUGGUGUACUGAUUCGGAUACCUUUACCUACAAGCUGAAGGUGCUGCUUCAAGACGUGUGGCGUUCCGGUAUCGACUGGGACGAUGCAAUCGACGAUGCGCUGUUCGACAAGUGGCAAACAUGGCUGCAAGUGCUCCCGCAGGUUGAACGAGUCAGCAUUCCUCGAUGUUACUGCGCACGAACCUCUCCCAGUUGUAAAGACAUCCAGCUCCAUACGUUUGUUGACGCUGGAGAUAACGAAAUUGCUGCGGCCUGUUACCUGCGCUUCGCUCAAGAUGACUUCGUAGAAUGCAGAUUAGUAGCAGCUAAGACCAGAGUCGCUCCAUUGAAGUUUCUCUCAACACCUAGACUGGAACUUCAAGCAGCAUUGGUUGGCGCCAGGCUAGCACAAUCCGUAUCAGAUGCACUGUCAUUCCGAAUCUCUCGUCGUCACUACUGGUCGGAUUCCCAAGACGUACUCUGCUGGAUCAAAUCUGACCACCGACGUUACUCCCAGUUCGUCGCGUUCCGAGCUAGCGAGAUCCUGGACACCACGGAGAUGAAUGAAUGGAGAUACGUUCCUACAGAUUUGAACGUAGCGGAUGAUGGGACGAAAUGGAAAGGACUUCCUAGCCUGGCUUCAGAGACGAGAUGGUUCUCCGGGCCCGAGUUCCUGCAGCACCCGGAAACUGACUGGCCAGACUCAUCUACUAGCUCGAAUGAAGCCGUUCUCGAACUUCGCCGUAGCGUAUUAACUCACUUCAUCGCUCCGGAACCAAUAGUCUGUUCAAGUGAUUUCUCAGACUGGAAUCGGCUUGUGAAAGUGGUUGCUCUAGCUCAUCGUUUUCCUGCCAACUGCAAACUGAAGCGCCUCCAGGAACCGAUCGUAAGCGGACCUCUCACCAACCACGAAAUAUUCACCGCCGAAUCCUAUCUCAUUCGCGUAGCACAACAGGAAGCCUAUCCGGAAGAAAUAGCAGUCCUUCAGAAGUCACAACAAUGCUCGGAUCAACUAUCAACUCCGAUCCCCAAGUCAAGUCCGUUACACCAGAAGACGCCAUGGCUGGAUCAGAACGGAAUCCUGAGGAUGCGCGGCCGCAUCGCCGCUUGUUUCUACGCAGAAGAUGCUAAACACCCCACAAUACUUCCCCGUGACCACCACACCACCAAGUUAAUCGUUGCACACUACCACCAAAAAUACCAACAUCAGAAUCACGAGACCGUGAUCAACGAGAUACGACAAAAAUACAACAUACCGAAGCUUCGCAUGACCUACACAAAAGUGCGAAGUGACUGCCAAUGCUGUAAGAAUGACCGAGUGAUCCCGCGCCCGCCAAUCAUGGCUGACCUGCCUGCUGCACGACUUGCAGCUUUCGAACGCCCAUUCACCCACGUUGGCGUUGAUUACUUCGGUCCGUACGAGAUCGUCAUAGGUCGACGAGUCGAGAAACGCUGGGGAAUGCUCGCUACCUGUCUCACAAUUCGCGCAAUUCACAUCGAGGUCGUUCACUCCCUCAACACCGAUUCUUGCAUCAUGGCGCUGCGAAACUUCAUUUCCCGCCGAGGAAAACCACGGGCGAUCUACAGCGAUCGAGGUACCAAUUUCAUUGGUGCAAAGCGGGAGAUGACGGAAGCUGAGGAAUCAGUCAACCAAAAUGAACUGAUGAGGGAGUUCGUGGAUGCUGGAACAACCUGGGAGUUCCUUCCUCCCUCUUCUCCACACAUGGGCGGCAGCUGGGAGCGCUUGAUAGGUUCCGUCAAAAAGAACCUGAUUGCAAUCCUACCAGCACGGAAGCUGUCGGACGAGGUAAUACGGAACCUGCUGACCGAAAUCGAGAACACGGUGAAUUCCCGCCCACUGACGCACGUUCCUGUUGAUGACGAUUCAGCUCCAGCCUUGACGCCCAACCACUUCCUACUCGGGGCAUCCAAUGGAAUCAAGCCGCUCUGCACCCUCGAUGACAGUGGUGCCGUGCUGCGCCAAAAUUGGCGACUAUCUCAAGUCCAAACCAACCUGUUUUGGAAGCGCUGGGUAAGCGACUACUUGCCUGAGAUAACUCGCCGUACUAAGUGGUUCAUCCAUACGAAGCCAAUCGAGGUCGACGAUAUAGUGGUCAUAGCUGACCCGAAGAUGCCACGGAACUGCUGGCCGAAAGGCAGAAUCAUAUGUACCCAACCUGGACGAGACGGCCAACCCAGAUCAGCAACAGUUAGGACAUCGACCGGGAUCUACGAACGUCCGGUAGCCAAGAUAGCCGUGCUAGACGUGCGGCGCGGAACGGAGUAA